AACGAACAGGGAAGAAAAACCCUGACUCCACAUUAGGAAAGUCUAUUUUAUUUCAGACACUUCUUCUUCUCUCUUCGAUCUGUGGAAAUUCAGACACAGAAUCGAGAGAUCAAUUUCUUGAGUCUUUUCAAGAUCUGUGUUGAAGAAGAAGAGGGGGUGCUAGGAAAGCAUAUGCAACUCUAUCCAAGUCUGUUAUAGAGAAUAAUAAUUAAGAAUGAGGACUGGAGAACGUGUUGCAAAUUUGGCUCUUUUAGGUUAUUCUCGAAACUCAUUGAUUAUCUUUGGCACCCCUUGUUGUUAAGGUAGAUCCAAAUUUAAAUGUUGUUUUGACAGCUUGUCUAGCAGUUUAUGUGGGUUGCUACCGGUCUGUCAAGUCAACCCCACCUACAGAGACUAUGUCAAACGAACAUGCCAUGCGCUUUCCAUUAGUUGGGAGUGCAAUGCUUUUAUCACUAUUUUUACUUUUCAAAUUCCUUUCAAAAGACUUGGUUAAUGCUGUAUUAACAUGCUACUUCAUCGUACUGGGGAUCAUCGCGCUCUCGGCUACAUUGGUACCUGCAAUUAGUCGUUUUCUUCCAAAACUUUGGAAUGAUGAAGUUAUCGUCUGGCAUCUACCAUACUUCCGCUCUGUGGAGGUUGAGUUCACGAGGUCUCAGCUAGUUGCAGCAAUCCCAGGAACUUUUUUCUGUGUAUGGUAUGCUAAACAGAAGCAUUGGUUGGCUAACAAUGUAUUGGGCCUUGCAUUCUGCAUUCAGGGGAUUGAAAUGCUUUCCCUGGGUUCCUUCAAAACUGGUGGCAUUCUCUUGGUUGGUCUUUUCUUUUAUGACAUAUUCUGGGUAUUUUUUACCCCGGUGAUGGUUAGUGUUGCAAAAUCAUUUGAUGCUCCAAUUAAGCUUUUGUUCCCAACAGCAGAUGCUGCUCGACCAUAUUCCAUGCUUGGACUUGGGGAUAUCGUAAUUCCUGGCAUUUUUGUGGCAUUGGCACUUCGAUUUGAUGUUUCAAGGGGAAAAGAAAUUCGAUAUUUCAAUAGUGCAUUCUUUGGUUACGCCCUUGGUAUGGUGCUUACUAUCGUUGUGAUGAACUGGUUUCAGGCUGCACAGCCUGCCCUUCUGUACAUUGUACCAGCUGUAAUUGGAUCUUUGGCAGUUCACUGCUUAUGGAAUGGGGAAGUGAAGCAGCUACUGGCGUUCGACGAAUCCAAGACUGACGAAUCCAAGACUGACGAAUCCAAGACUGCUGCUUCAUCUGAAGAUGGAGAGUCUAGUAGUAGUGUUGAUGAUUCCAAAUCAAGUAAGAAAGAUGAGUAAAAGGAGAACGUCAAAAGCUUGCCUAGAGAUAAAGAUAUGUACAUUUUUACUUCGGGUACAUUACAAAGAAAAGGAAUGCUAUUUGAACUUAACGUUUAGAGAACCCCAGCUUAAUGAUGCCGUUGGGCUCUCGGCUAGACUGACUUAUGAAAACUGAUAGGGAGAAUGGUUCAAGGAUGGGAUGCCAUUUUAUGUAACAGAUUUUGGUAUCAAAAAGUAAUAAAUUAGAUAAUAGUUAAUUUAUAAAAUAUGUAUUACUGCUCA